UUUUACUUUCUAAAAGUUUAAAUGACACUCGCUUAAUUUCUGUAAAUGAAAUACCUCCUCAUAUAAUCGGUAAGAGAACGACUUUAAUCUUAACUUCAUGUUCAGACUUCUGGAAGAGCGGGGCAUUGUUAGUGUUCUGUUCCCAUGUUUAAGAUGGCUCAAGUCUUUGUGUACGGCACACUAAAGAGUGGUCAACCCAACAACUACAGGAUGCUUGAUGCUGCCAAUGGUAAAGCAAAGCUUCUUGCGCGAUCUCGCACCGUGGACUCAUACCCUCUAGUAAUCGCCACCCAAUACAACAUCCCCUUCUUGCUAAACGUCCCUGGGAAGGGUCACCGUGUCCAAGGGGAGAUCUAUAGUGUGGAUGAGAAGAUGCUGAACUUCUUGGACUGGCUUGAAGUUUGUCCACAACAAUACCAGCGGACACUGGUCAAACUGGAGGUGGAUGAAUGGGUCGGUGAAGGUGAAAACAAUCCAAAGGCUGGAAGUAUCGUUGAGGUGUUUGUGUACAGCACGACUACAUACAAACCAGAGUGGCUCCAGAACCCAACCUAUGAGAAUUACAAUUAUAAGGGUGACCAUGGACUGGAAUAUAUACGUCGUGAAGAUAGAAGCACCAAAUGAGAUUUUCUCAAGAUAUAGCACGACUCUGCUAGAAUGUAAAGUUACCACCUUUACUCCUAUAGUGGACCACUUAUCAACAAAUAUAAUUUAAAAUCAAUACAAUACAGGCUCCUAUCCACCACUUUAUUUUAAGAAAUGAAUGGUCUUUGAAAAAUUUGGUUACUUAAUUCAUAUUUAUGUUGCUUGACAAAAUCAACAUAGCUAUUCUACAAACUUUGUUUAAAGACCAACAUUUCCAACAAUAACUCCUAUUAAGAAUUUUUAAGCUACAUCCACCAAAUUUGGUACAGACCUUCAGACUGUUCUGAUAUAGUGUGUAAUGUCUUUUCUUACUGAUUGGACUUUUGGUUUUCGCACAGCAGGCAAUCAAAAUGUUACAAAUCCCAGAUUUCCAUUGAUGGAAUGUUUAAAUGGGCCAAUGGAAUGCACGUCAAUUCAAACUCCAACUGUCAAAAUGUUCAAAUGGGUCAAUGGAAUGUACGUUAAUCAACUGUCAAAAUGUUCAAAUGGGUCAAUGGAAUGCACGUUAAUUCAAACUCCAACUGUCAAAAAUUCAAAUGUAAACAAACCCACAAAAGUUCUUAACUCUGCUUUAAGUUGAACUAUCUAUUGAUGUGACGUAACUAGCUAGCUUUAUCUUACUGUAAUUUCGAUAAUCAUCAAACUUAAAACUUUUUAAACUGUUUGUGCAAUUCAAAUGACUGAUGUAUGUCAAUAACCUGUAAUAUGCUUCUUUCGUCUCAUUCCAAACCCAAUACAAUUAUGGUUAGGUUUACUAUUUUGGUUAGGGGUUAGAUUUCAUGGUUUGUGUUAAAAAUUGUUCAUCUGUCAAAAGCAUCCAUCAUCGUUGAUUAUUUGAAUGUUUUGUUACGUAACAAGAUAAUAAGAUUUCACCAUCUUGUACAUUGACUUCUCAUGCAGGGUGGCAACAGGUAAUAAUUAAAAUUUAAGACUUUAAGACUUUUUAAUACCACUUCUAAAUGAAAUUUAAGACCAAACUUACGAUGGAAAUACAAAUCAAAAGUGAAAAUAUACAGUAAUAUUUCCAAGUAAACACACUGUCUGUUCAAAAUGAACAGUAUGGUAAAAUGAUAAUAACCAAUUGAGUUUAAGAACAUUGACUAAAUGUGUGUAAUGCUGAAAGGAUAACACAACAAUGUCAUUUCUGUCCUAAAUUAUAUUUAUUAGUACAAUAUUUUCUAAAUAUUUAGGUCCAAUGAACAAAUACGUAUAAAAUAAGUAAAUAUAAAAAAAAAGUUCCUUCUGAACAAAAUAAAUAAAAUAACAAAUAAAUGACAAUUCCAGCUGCUUUUAAAAUGAAGACAUUUAAAUAAUAGAUCGUGUGUGUGUGACAGAGAGGGAGAAACUGUAAACUCAGAUAACCUGUAAAUGAAUAAAUAAAACGUUCUUCCUUAAAAUACAGGGGGCAUAAGUAUAGACACCCCUAUGUCAAAUUCAUUACAUAUUGGCAGGUUAACGCCAGACUCUACUACCAUUCUAAAACUCAAUUUGCCUGUUUUUAAUACAUUUUUCAUUUUAAUUUGUCUAAUUAACGUGUAGUGCCCUGUCCAUAGUGGUUAUUCACUUGACAAAUUAGUAAAGCUUAAAUUAUAUGAUACACAAAAUAUACAAGAGGUUAGUUAAUGAAUAUAGUUAUGGCAGACUUUGAAACGCUGAAGUAGAUCCUGGGCAGUUGCAUGGCCCAUGAACUGUGCUCCAUAGAACCUUGACUGGACGUGGUCAUUUAACCAAUAACGCACAUGCAAGUCCAUUUGUUUGCUUUUGGUUGUCUGGUUCAGUGUCUCGUCGAACAUAAUUACAAACGCACCGCAUUUUUGAACUUCGGUGAUGAGCUCUUUUUUAUAUAUAUGGCGCCAAUCCAAAUUUAGCCACGUAUCUGGUCUUGUCUUUUCCACAGGUAAAUGACUGUACAAGCCCGGAAUCUGGAAACAUUGCUUUGAACACUUCUUCAACCACGUCAUUAGACCUGUAUGAAUUGUGGCUUGUAACAGUCCUCAGCACCCAAAUCACCUCUGCUCGGAGUGUUGGCGUAGAGCCACAAAUUGCGCGGAGGUCAGCUGGCAUUGUUGGCUGUGGAUUUCCCAUCAUAACAUCCUGCGUUGUACCGUUAACAUCGUUGCUAGCGGUGGAAAUGUUGGAACAGAAGCUAGCAAUGGCGGGCUGCUGGCGUGUCUUUACAUAGUCUCUGUGUUUUUUGCGCUGUACGUGCGAUUCCACCGCUCUGAGCCCCAUUGUCCCAAGUUUGAAAGUCUUCCGACACAUAAUGCAGUUCGCUUCAUAAAUAUUUCCAGGCACCGACCUUAACCAAGAAUACUCUUCUUUUUCAAGCCAUUUGUAAUUGAAUUUACAUUUCCCCAUAUUUCUAAGUGACUAUCAACCAUUGCUAUAUUACCUGUGGCGAAAUUACGAAUCCCGCCACGCCAAGACCCGCCCACGAAGCAGCUCGAUUGGUUAAGGUUAGGUUAGCCGAUUGGUCAGGGGAUAGGUCAUGUGCAAAUGAGAUUACGUUACCUUGUAAAAAAUAUUCGACCCGGCUGGAAGAACGAUUGCCUGCAUCUUUGCGGUGACGUGACACAAGCAUAUUUAAGACCUAUCCAAUCUGAAUUUAAGACAAUUUAAUACUGUUUAAGGACCCGCGGCCACCCUGUCAUGAGACCGAUGUUGAUUUUAUUUCCAUGUAGCCUACAAGAA